AGCCGGUUUAGUGUCGUCAAUGGGAAGCACGCGAGAAGGUGGCAAAGCGAGUUACGGUCUACAGUGAAAUCCGCGGCUGCUACCAUGCUCUCCAGGUCUCUCCCGUGUCUGUGGAUUACAUUUUUCCUUCAUGUAUGCUGUUAUGUAGACAGCGGGGAAGCACAGAAUGCGAAGGAAGUGAUUCUGAUGGACUCCAAGGCACAGCAGACAGAACUGGAGUGGAUCUCCUAUCCUCCCAAUGGGUGGGAAGAGAUCAGCGGCUUGGACGAGAACUACACACCCAUUCGCACCUACCAAGUUUGCCAAGUCAUGGAGCCCAAUCAGAAUAACUGGCUUCGGACUAACUGGAUAGAGAAGGGCAAUGCCCAGAGAAUUUUUGUGGAACUGAAAUUCACGCUGAGGGAUUGUAACAGCCUACCUGGAGUGGUGGGCACAUGCAAGGAGACGUUCAACUUGUACUACCAGGAAACAGAUUCGGAGGUAGGCAGGAACUUACGGGAGAACCAGUACGUGAAAAUUGACACGAUUGCGGCGGACGAGAGCUUCACCCAGGGCGACCUGGGCGAGAGGAAGAUGAAGCUGAAUACAGAAGUGCGUAUAAUUGGCCCCCUGUCCAGGCGGGGCUUCUACCUGGCCUUCCAGGAUGUCGGGGCGUGUAUCGCGCUGGUCUCUGUCAAAGUCUAUUACAAGAAGUGCUGGUCUAUCAUCGAGAACCUGGCCACGUUCCCAGACACCGUGACGGGAUCGGAGUUCUCCUCGCUGGUGGAGGUCGAGGGCAUGUGCGUGAGCGACGCAGAGGAGGAGGCCGACAACUCCCCCAAGAUGCACUGCAGCGCCGAAGGGGAGUGGCUGGUGCCUAUUGGGAAAUGUAUAUGCAAAGCUGGAUUCCAUCAGAAAGGAGACGCCUGUGAACCGUGUGGUCGUGGUUUCUACAAGUCUUCCUCCCAGGACCUUCAGUGCUCCCGCUGUCCCGCACACAGCUUCAAUGAUCGCGAGGGCUCGUGGCGCUGCGACUGCGAGGACGGCUAUUACCGAGCACUCUCUGACCCUCCGUCUGUGGCCUGCACAAGACCUCCCUCAGCGCCACAGAACCUGGUCUACAACAUCAACCAGACCACCGUCAGCCUGGAAUGGGGCCCGCCGGCCGACACCGGUGGCCGUAACGACGUCACCUACAGGGUUAUAUGCCGGCGUUGCAGCUGGGAGCCCGAGGAGUGUGUACCCUGUGGGCCCAAUGUGGGAUUCUCCCCAGCACAGUCAGGAUUAGUGGACACUUAUCUGACCAUCAUGGACCUGCUCGCCCACGCCAACUACACUUUUGAGGUGGAGGCUGUCAACGGGGUGUCAGACCUGAGCCGCACGCAGAGGCUGUUUGCCGCUGUUAGCAUCGCUACCGGCCAAGCAGCUCCGUCCCAGGUCAGCGAGGUCAUCAAGGAGAAAGUGCAGCAGCGCAGCAUCCAGCUCUCCUGGCAGGAGCCGCACCAACCCAACGGAGUCAUCAAAGAAUACGAAAUCAAAUACUACGAAAAAGAUCAGAAGGACCGGAUCUACUCCACAGUGAGAUCCAAGUCCACAUCAGCCACAGUGAGCAACCUGAAGCCCAGCACGUCCUACGUGUUCCAGAUCAGGGCCUUCACAGAGGCCGGGUACGGCACCUACGGCCCCAGACUGGAGAUAACCACCAAGGAGGAGGCCACAGCUGCCAUCGUGUCCAGCGAGCAGAACCCGGUCAUCAUCAUCGCGGUGGUGGCCGUGGCGGGGACCAUCAUCCUGGUGUUCAUGGUGUUCGGCUUCAUCAUCGGGAGAAGGUACGCUCUCGCGGGCCCCAUUGACUCUCCGCUCCUGCACUGCGGGUACAGCAAAGCCGAUCAGGAGGGAGACGAGGAGCUCUACUUUCAGUUUAAAUUUCCAGGCACCAAAACCUACAUCGACCCUGAAACCUACGAGGACCCAAGCAGGGCCGUCCAUCAAUUUGCCAAGGAGCUGGAUGCCUCUUGCAUUAAAAUCGAGCGGGUUAUCGGAGCAGGAGAGUUCGGGGAGGUGUGCAGCGGCAGGCUCAAGCUGCCUGGAAAGCGGGAUGUGUCGGUCGCCAUCAAGACAUUGAAAGUGGGCUACACGGAGAAGCAGAGGAGGGACUUCCUGUGCGAGGCCAGCAUCAUGGGACAGUUCGACCACCCGAAUGUGGUUCAUCUGGAGGGGGUGGUGACGAGAGGAAAGCCGGUGAUGAUUGUCAUCGAGUACAUGGAGAAUGGCUCAUUAGACUCUUUCCUCAGGAAACACGACGGUCAGUUCACAGUCAUCCAGCUGGUGGGCAUGCUGCGGGGCAUCGCGGCGGGGAUGAGAUAUCUCUCUGAUAUGGGAUACGUCCAUCGAGAUCUGGCUGCGCGGAACAUCCUCGUCAACAGCAAUCUCGUAUGUAAAGUGUCUGACUUCGGCCUGUCAAGGGUGAUAGACGACGAUCCCGAGGCUGUCUACACAACAACUGGGAAGAUGCAGGAUGUAAUGAAUUUGAUCUUUGCUCCAGCCACUGACCUGCGUUUUACUGAACAGGGUGGCAAAAUACCCGUCAGGUGGACUGCGCCAGAAGCCAUACAGUACCGUAAAUUCACCUCAGCGAGCGACGUGUGGAGUUACGGCAUCGUCAUGUGGGAGGUCAUGUCCUAUGGGGAGCGGCCUUACUGGGAUAUGUCCAAUCAAGAUGUCAUAAAGGCGAUAGAGGAGGGCUACCGUCUCCCAGCACCGAUGGACUGUCCACCAGGCCUGCACCAGCUCAUGCUGGACUGCUGGCAGAAAGACCGAGCCGAGCGGCCCAAAUUCGAUCAGAUCGUCGGCAUCCUUGAUAAGAUGAUCCGCAACCCGAACACUUUGAAAACCCCAGUGGGAACGUGUACAAGACCAAUUAGUCCGCUGUUAGAUCAGAGCACACCAGACUUCACCGCUUUCCGCUCAGUGGGAGAGUGGCUGGAAGCCAUCAAGAUGGAACGAUACAGAGACAACUUCACAGCAGCUGGCUACAGUUCCCUGGAAUCUGUGGCCAGGAUGUCAAUCGAGGACGUGAUGAGCUUGGGUAUCACGCUGGUGGGCCAUCAGAAAAAGAUCAUGAGCAGCAUACAGACUAUGAGAGCACAGAUGCUGCAUCUUCACGGCACGGGUGUCCAAGUGUGACGGACUGCCACGAGUCGCAUCGGAUGGGACGGAAACAAGAAGCAGAACUUCCCUGGAGCCAUGCCUGAGACGUAUCCGGGAUAAUUGUCAAAGUUAACGGACAUCUGUCAUGUCUGACUCUUCCGGCCGGGUCUGGAGUGAAAUCAUUCCUUUGUUCCUCAGUGAAAGACUGUGGUCCUUCUCUGCAAAGGGCACUAAAGAGAGGAAAAGGGCAAAAAAAACUGCAACAAAAAGAAACUACCUGGACGGGAAGACUUCCUUUUUUGGUUUCUUUUUUUCUCAGAAGCGCUUAUGAACUCAACCACAUAUCAACAAGCGCAUACAAGCUGAGUUUGAUGCUGACAUUUCUUUAAUGAUUUUAGUGCACACCAUGGCUGUGGAUUUCCUCUUCUUGCUGUGGUUUCACUCCUUUCUUUUUCUAAUUUGUUAGUUUUCUGUCUGUGUGCCGCCGCGACAUGCCGCGGCCCAAACAGACGUUUCUCUCUCUUCUACGUGGACUCGACUACAGGGUAAACUCUUUAUCCAAACACAGAGGGACUUUGAGGAGCAGAUUCAAAGGUACUUUUUGUGACAACACAUGCUGGACUGUUUGCAGUGACUCGUGUUUUCCUACAUGUGCUGUGGAAGUGAAAUGGUAACCUCACACGCUUUUUUCGCAGCCUAAAGAGUGGGUUUUCAUUUUUGUAUCAAUGAAUUUUCUGAAGAGUGCGACACUGAGGAGACACAGGAGUGCAAACUGUUCUUCGAAUCACCAGACUUUUCUAUAAGAGUAGCAAUAUCCUUUGUCUUGUGUUCACUACAGGAAACGCGGAGUGGAAUGUUGCAGCACUGUUGAAAGAUUGUAUUGAAUUUGAAGCUAUUGCAAAUUGUUUUGCCAUCAUUUUGCCUGAAAUGUUGCACUCUGUGUAUGUUUUGGUGCAUUUUUCAGCUGCAAAUACAAUUCUUAAGGGUGGAUCAGAGAAAAGUUUAGACGUUAUACUGCCUUAAAAUGUGUUAGAUUAAGUAUUGCCACUAUUUUAGGCACUUCAAUGGCAAUGCUGUGUGCGGUUCAUUUAACGGGUGGACUAGCUCCCUAUUUUUUCUUGUAGUGUGAUGUCUUUUUAUCUGGAACUUGAACUGGUGUGAUCCAAUGCACGGACACGGUUAAUGCCACGAGUGACACCGUCAGCGAAACAGAGGUGGACUUAUCAGAGCAAUAAUUACCAGGUAGAAAUGGCCCUCGCUUGAGGUUUAAGGUGCUAGGUUCUAAGGCAUGUCUGUGCUGUACUGAGACAAAGUCUUUGGAAAGAUUCAGUCGCCGCCGGAGAAGGAAAGUGAAAGGAAAUGUACCUCUUCGACCUACAAACGGUUUGGAAAGCGCUCAGAAAACUGCCGUGUAAAGUCAUCAAAUGAAAUAAUCAUGUCAUGUUUUGCCGCUAUGAUAUGCUAAACGUUUGAUGGAAAUCUAACACGGCAUGGAAAUGUUGAACUGAGUGGCUACAGAGAUGAGAGAGGCGCCGUUUGAAACACUACAAAGGUGCCAAUUAGCCAUGCUGACAUCAUCUUCUGACAUUUGUGUGCCGCCCAGAAAUCAAAGAGCCCCUUCAGGGUUCGGGUCUGAAAAUUCAGGACCAAACGACGAGCUGGAGUCAGACAUGCUGUUAAACCCCAGCGUCCCGGCUUUGCAGGCAGCCAUGCUGCCCGCCUUGUUUAUUCAUGCGACUCCUCUGCUCAUCCCUCACAGGCGUAGAUGUGACUGAACAUGCAUUAAAGUGUCUCUUAAGAUUGCUCCUCUUUUCUUCCAUACGGCCUUGUAUGGAGAACUGAGAUGAGUGGGGCUUUGCAGGCGAUGCGCUAAAAGCCAAUCAACCUAUUCGGUGCCAUCUGUCUCCACCUUAGAUGCAAAAAGAAAAAAACACAGCAAAAGUUUCCACACUGAAUGGUGCAGGAUUGUUUUCUAAGAAAAUGCAGUUAUUCAGCUGUAAAGAGGAGUGCUGUUCACAGAAGUUAUAAUCUUCAACUGCUGCUGAUAACCUACUUCAUAAUCUGUAUCGUCAAAGUCAUUUCUUUAAAACCGUUCUCAUCAAAGAUGCACAAAAAACAUAAACACCCACGAGCAGUACAACCAUGGAGGUAGAUACAUUCAAAAAGAUGUUUUUUAUCCAAUCUGGCCCUCUUAUUCUUAGAAAAUGUCUUCAUGGAGGAUCAACCCUGGACACCACUGACUAAAGCUUGCUCCCUCUAAAGGUCUAGCCUGCCCUCAGUGAUCAUGGAAGACAGAUGUGGUCCUGUAUGUUUGUCAGCACAUACCCUUUACAUUUGGUGGCAUGUAAUGUGUUAAAAUAAUGUAUCGACUCUUCAGUUGUGUUAGGACUGAUGCCAGUGGAAAGUCAAUGAGGAUAGUUGUUCUCUGUGGACUCAUGAAUCAUCUCAAGAGCGGUGUAAAAUGACCUGCGUCAUGAUCACAGCAUGAAGCAGUGACUCAAUGUUACUUCACAGACUUAUCCAAACAAAGCAGAUUUCCUUACAUACUGAAAGAAAAGUUACAUAUGUCAUGUCUUUAAUGUUAAUACACACAUUUAGUGCUUAUUUUUACCCAGACACAAUCACUUACCCAAACCUAACCAGGUAGUAAAAGUGCCCAAGCAGCUUUUUGUCAAGAUUGUAACAAAACUGACAUUUCUGUUCCCACAAACCUCUUUCUGUUCUCGGUCUCAGACAUCAUCAGACAGAUUCAGAUUACAGUCACAAUUCAACAUGAUCUUUUUCAUGUCACACACAUUGUGGAGCUACUGAAGUCAUGAACACAACACGCUAUGUACGGCUGUAACUUAAAGCUCAAGUGAGGAGUUUUUAACUGGUUAUGAAUCAGACUGAUAUUAAUGGUGAUGCCUCUUUAUGAACUACAAAAGCAAACAAAACCAUCAGCAUUGAAAUGAACUAAACUACUUCUUCUAUAUUUACAUUUUUCAAAGUGUGAGCCGCUGAAAGGGGGUAGGAAUCAGACGAAACAACCGACAGUACAGCAAAUAUCCACAAUGACUGAACUAUUUGACACUUCAAAGACAGCGGGAUGAGAUUUGGUCUAAGAAAACACAACCUACACAUCUACAGGACAAGAUCAGCAAAGAGAUUAAAAGUACCUCUUUGUCCACAGGGGGUGCCAAAAUCUAUACAAACAGAAAGUUCCUUGCAGGAGCUUUAAGUGGAUUUAUUUUAGCUCAAACCAUGACUUCUUUACGACUCUUAUCCAGGUAGUGUUGGUGUCUGAAUAUAACCAACAUGACCUUAACGUAGACAACAUCAUGUAACGUAACUUCACUGACGCAGCGUACUGUCCCAAAAGAAACAUAUUCCAGAAAGGCUUUGUUUUCCUCCAUGUGGACUGACCACUUGCUUUAUUUCUUUAGUGUAUGCAGGUCAUUUUAGCUCAUUACGUACCACCAGUUGUAAAGUGUUUAGGCUCUUUGAAAGUUAACAUUUUAAGGCAUUUUAAGCCCUUAUUAGAUAGGAUAGAGAUUAGAACUGUAGACUCUGUGUAUGGGGCAUACGCAUAAAACCGCUAACUGCCAACCAGCUCCCUCAGUUAUGCUCUUUUAGUUCUGUGAGGUCAGGUUGGAAAAAUGUUGUCCGUCCUGCGUCCGUCCUGGAGGUUGUUGAGGAGAAAGCUCUUGAUGAAAAGAUCAUUAAGAUGUGUGUCAUUUCAGAGGAUAUCAGUGUUUCAGGUUUAUCCAGCUUAGUGUGGCUGUGGAUCUAUUUUCACUGUGGAACGCACCUUUGUGAGGAGACACCAGGAAUUAGCCCUGACCAGCUCUGAGCCCCGGCGUCACACACACACACAGACACGGACACAUAUAUACACACACACACACACACACACACACACACACACACACACACACACACACACACACACACACACCCCUCCCUGUAUCCAUACAGCAGAGCUCAGCAGUUGGGCCUUGGCCAGACCUUUGAAUUGAAUACCGGCAUAAAGUCAUUCAGUCAGCACAAAACUCCCCAGUUCACAGGCAGCACUCUCUCUCAGCCUCACUCCCUGCUCUGAUUUUAAAACCGGGCCCCUGGAGGCCCCUCACACUCCGGGACAACACUGUCCCGCUUUAUUCCUGAGCUGGAGAAGCAGCAGUUUGAGCCAAAUUGAGAUUAAGGCCAGGAUACAAUCGAUCCCACGUCCAAAUCACCUUUAACCUUCACCUACCAAAAGUCACUUUACUGUCCGUCUCAUCCACAGUUUGAACUUCAGGUUGCUCGACUCUGGAAACACAAACUUUUGUUGUGGCUAUUUCAGCAAAAACACAAAAAAGAGUACAAAAGAAAAAAAGACAAAAAACAUGCAGGAUGUAGGGUUCGGUUGGAAUCAGGAUUAGCAGAUAGAGUAUGAAGUUAUUUUUCAAAUCUUGUGGUUCAGCAGUUGGAAAUUAGCGUCACCGCGUCGGCGGGGUGGUGGAUAAUUCCAAAGAGUGCAGCACUGUCGAUUGUGUCAGGACGAGCCGAGGUUUGAGGGAAUCUUUGUAUAUGUUCUAAUUGUAAAACUUGUACAUUUUAUUUAUAUUGUUUUUUACACAUAUUACUCAGUAGAGAGCUCUGAAUACAUUGAAAAUGCACUAUAUUUUUCUAUCUCGCAGAUGAAUUAUUGUCACCCACAAGAUUUCAGUUGUACAUAAUUUUUCAUUUAGGACCAAAGACGGCUGAUAGGAUUUCCAUCUUUACUCUGACCUUGUUUUGACCUUGCCUUUUAGUUUGUUGUACAGUAAUACAAAUUGUCGAUUUAUUAUUUAUUUUUCUGUGAUGAAAGUAUUGAGAUUCACUGGUAUUUUCCCCAACAGCAGAACUGUAAGAUCAUUUAAUUAGACGAUUUCUUGUUACAUAGACAAUUCUUUUUGCUUUGUAACCUUUGUAAUAGACUGUACAUAUAUUUUUGGAAAUAUAAUACAAUCUCUAUAGAA